CAAUUUUUCUGGAAGACCCUCAAAAUAUUAUAUCGCUUACUGAGUACAAUAAGAAAAAACAACUAGCUUCUAUUUGGGCUGAUAUAAUCAACGAAGACCAAUUAAUUACAAAUACCUCUAUAAUCAUUGAGAAAAUUACUAAUACCUCUAUGGUUGUUGAGAAAGACAAUAUAAAUAACUCUAUAACUGUUGUACAAGACUAUCAAGAUAAUAUUCAAAAUGGUCAAGAUAAUUAUAAUAAUAAAAUUACAAUUAAGGUUGAUGACUCUUUUUCUUCAUAA